GCCUGUCUUUUAGGGUUCUUCUUCCCAUCUCUUCCGUGAGAGACCCGCGCUUGCGCCGGCGACAGAGAAGAACGCGAACCAGCCAUGGUUCACGUCAGUUUCUACCGCAACUAUGGCAAGACGUUCAAGAAACCUCGCCGCCCGUACGAGAAGGAGCGGCUGGACGCGGAACUCAAACUGGUCGGGGAGUACGGGCUGCGGUGCAAGCGCGAGCUAUGGAGGGUCCAGUACGCUCUCAGCCGGAUCCGGAACGCGGCCAGGGAUCUCCUCACGCUCGAUGAGAAGAACCCCCGACGGAUCUUUGAGGGAGAGGCCCUGCUCCGCCGUAUGAACCGCUACGGGCUCCUUGAGGAGGGCCAGAACAAGCUCGACUACGUCCUUGCCCUCACCGUGGAGAACUUUCUGGAGCGCCGCCUCCAGACGCUCGUGUUCAAGUCUGGAAUGGCCAAGUCCAUCCACCAUGCUCGGGUCCUGAUAAGGCAGCGGCACAUCAGAGUUGGAAGGCAAGUUGUGAACAUCGCAUCAUUCAUGGUCAGAGUUGAUUCCGCAAAGCACAUAGAUUUCUCACUUACCAGUCCAUUCGGUGGAGGCCGACCCGGUAGAGUGAAGAGAAAAAAUCAGAAAGCCGCCGCAAAGAAGGCAACCGGAGGAGACGGUGACGAGGAUGAUGAGGAAUGAGCAAUAUGCUCUAGUUAUCUCGUUUCCAUGUGUUCAUCAUCACAUGGAUGAUUUUUAUGUUUCUGCAUUUUGGGAUAUUGGAACUAUCUUUAUAUUUUGAUAUGCUGCCUUGAUAGGAGUAUUUCGAGUUUGUGUGAUGAUCUUUCACAUUAGUAUUGUCUGGUCAUUGUAUUUCAUCCGAGUUUUGAUCAUGCUCCUGACUUGUCUGGCAUAGAAACUAUGCUGUGGAUGUUAACGUGA